AUGGAUAUGCAAAACAAUACUCAACACACAGCUACAGCAUUGGCACCUGCCGAUGACCCACAGGACAUAGAUAAUACCAGCCGAAAGAGAAAACAACAAUCAACACCUGAAACGACUACUUCUACAACAACAGAGCAAGAAGGUGACCAAGUGGAUGAUGGUCCAAGCAAUAAGAAACCAGCAACCAACACAAGACGAUGUCGGAAGGCGCCGCAUGAAUUACUCACGGAAGCCGAGAAAAAAGCCAACCACAUUGCCUCGGAGCAGAAGCGACGUCAAAACAUCCGGCUCGGAUUUGACCAACUCAUUGACAUUGUCCCUUCCCUCAACCAUGGCAAUCGGAGUGAAGCUCUGAUACUGCAAAAAUCCAUUGAUCAUAUACGUCAACUCAUCUCGACAAAAAACGACCUUAAGAAUCAAGUGCGUGAUCUUGAAACCGUUUUGGGUGAUCCCGCUUAUGGAGACGAUUCUUCGGAAGAUGACAUGUCGUUUUCUUUUCGAUAG